CCGGUGCGGCCGCGGCGCUUUUGCGAUGCCCUCGUCGAAGCCACGCGACGUCCUGCCCGUCGUACGGUCCGCGCGUCCGAGCCGCUGCUGAAAAAGGGGUGUGUUCCGGUCGCUCAGUUUCGGUGCCGUCGUCGUCGCCGUCGCCGCCCCCCAGCCGCCCCCACUUCCCGAUGACGUUGUCCUGCUAUGACAUGUUCUGCGUCAAUUUCGCCAAAGCACUAUGCACUGAGGUGUACGACAUGCAGAUAUCAGAGGCGGCCGGGGGCGCACCCGCCCCCGGCUCAGAACCGUGCCGGUUCCCCAAGCUGGAGGAGUGCGCCCACUUCCACUACGAACGGGUCCAGCUGCCGCAGACGCUCAGCGUCGCCCUCCAGGCGAACAUGGACCAGUCUCUGCAUUCGCAGCACACAAAUGAUGACGACAGCGAGUGGUACAUGCUGCAGGUGACCUCCGGCGACGAGUGCUGGUUACUACAAAGGAACCUGGAGAACUUCAAGAUGCUGGACGAGCAACUACACCAGUGUAUCUACGACAGGAAGAUAUCGCAGCUGCCCGAUCUUGCCGAUCAGUCGCCGGAGGCGGACGACAUCGAGAGCACAUUGUCCCAGUACCUGGACCGCUUCAGCGCCAUCGCGGACAAUUCGGUGAACUGCGGGCCGGUCCUGAACUGGCUGCAGAUGGACAACAAGGGCCACCGCCUCCUGGUGCCCAGCGAGGAGAGCCGUUCCAUCAACACGCCGGCCGUGGCGGCCGCCUACAGUGUACGCCGUUACGUUUCGCAGGCCCGUGACGAGCUGAACCUGGAAGUGGGCGACAUGAUAUCGGUGAUCGACAUGGCCAGUCCCGGCGAAUCGAUGUGGUGGCGAGGCAAGCGUGGCUUCCAAGUCGGGUUCUUCCCCCAGCACUGCGUGCACAUCAUCGGGGACAAGGUGCCCAGGAACAUGCCCCUGCCGCCCCCCGUCGUAGGGUCGCUGGCGCUGACGCCGAUCAAACCGGUACUGCGGAGGCACGGCAAGUUGAUAACGUUCUUUAGGAGUUUCAUUUUGAACAGGCCGUCGCGCCGCCGCCUCAAACAGAGCGGCAUACUGCGCGAGCGUGUCUUCGGCUGCGAUUUGGGCGAGCAUCUGCUCAACUCCGGACACACCAUACCGACCGUCCUCAGGUGCUGCGCAGAGUUCAUCGAACAGAACGGCAUCGUCGACGGAAUAUACAGGUUGUCAGGGGUUACUUCCAACAUACAGAAGUUAAGAAAUGCUUUCGACGAGGAUCGCAUACCCAAUCUGCACACCGAGGACAUUCUGCAGGACAUACACUCAGUUGCCUCUUUGCUUAAGAUGUAUUUCAGGGAAUUGCCAAACCCUCUGUGCACCUACCAGCUGUACCAGAGCUUCGUGAACGCAGUCCAGGGCUGUAGCACAGCGAUCAGGGACUCGGAGACGGACCACGGACGUCUGCUGAAGAUGCGAGAGGCCGUACAGAAGCUUCCGCCGCCCCACUACCGAACGUUGGAGUACCUGAUGCGCCACUUGGCGAGGGUGGCGAAGCACGGUUCCAGCACCGGCAUGACCACGAGGAACAUAGCCAUCGUCUGGGCCCCCAACUUGCUCCGGUGCGAGGCCUUGGAGGUCGGAGGCGUUGCCGCCUUGCAAGGCGUCGGGGUGCAGGCGGUGGUCACCGAAUUCCUGAUAUGCUACGCCCACCUGAUCUUCUGCGAUCACCUACCCAAUCUGGAUCAUCCGAUGGUGGCGGCCGCAGCCGUGCCCGAUUCUAGUCUGAUGUCGAAGAAGUGCCGGCCCAACAGUCUGGCCAUUUCGACGCCCACCAAGCUGAUCACGUUGGAGGAGGCACGCUCGAAGCACCUCGUCAACAAGGCGGAGGAGUGCAACUACAUUGAGGUGGGCGGGGGGCCCAAUAAUCUGCCCAAGAAGUACCACACCAUCAUCGAGUUGCCGCCGGGCGCCAGGAAACGGGGCCACACCAAGCGUUCACCUUUGGGCUGGAGGCUGUUCUUCACCAAAAACAGGAACGUCACCCAGAACGCCAUUCCGAAGAAUCGCAAGGCUUCCACACCCAUCACAAUCAACGAGAAGUCCGGCACCGAAUCGGACCUCACGGACAUGAAGCGCAAGCUGAGGACGGUCAAGAGUGCGGAGAGCCUCACGUCCGGCCACUCGGAGCCGGCCAGCACCGAAGACAUAUUGGGACCUCUGAAUUGCCUAAACAAACCUCCAGGUCACAACAGGUCUGUGUCGCACGAUUCGUACUUUGACACGUUGCAGAGCUCGCAGAACAACUCGGAGGGCUCGCUGCUCGACCUCAGCGAGAUCCAGGUCAAUUUCGACCUGGAGGAGUCCGAGAUGAGGAUCUUCUCGGAGGACGAGAGUCUGGUCAGCUCGCCCCGAAUACAAAAGGAGUGCCAAAGAAGGAUACUGACGCGAGCGCGGCCCGAGGAGUACGUCAGCGCCACCAACUCCAGCAACCCGUCGCCGAAGAAGCAAGCACGCGUCGUGUUGAGCCCGGAGUCGAUGUCGCGUAAGCGCACCCGCCUAGAGGACCAGCUGUCCGACAUACAGUACAUCGACUGCAACACCCCCGAGAACGUGGUGUCGACGACCACCGCCCUCAUCCAUCCGUUCCCGGAGAGCCCGGUGACGGAGGAGAAACGGCACACCGCCGACUCGUACCAGCCGAAGAACAAGAGUCCAAGGAACUCGGACAACUUGGACAAGCGACAGUCGCUUAACCUGGAGUCGUCGAGUCAGAAGACUGUUUUGAUGCCAAAAUCGCUCACCGAAAUGGACAUGAGCAAAAAGUACAUGGGUAUGGAGAGCAUACUAGCUUCUCCGACGCCCCUGAGCCCCGGCUACAAGAAAUUGGAGAACUCCAGUGCCAACUCGACCCCGGAACUGUCGCCGGCCGACAUCAGUUACAGGAAGAUCGACUCGCCGUACGAACCGAUUGAAAUCAGGCCGAACAGCACGCCCAACUAUGAGAACAUCCUCACCACCAUAAGCAUUACGUACAGGUCACCACCGAGAAGCGCCGCCACCUCCCCAGUGAAGUCCACGAGUUCCGUUUACGAAAACGUGAUAAUCAACCCCGAGAAGGUGGACAUACCGACGUCCACCGCCUCUCUUCCCGUACAGGGAGCUAGUCAACCAAAAACCGAUAGUUUGCAAGCGGACAAGGAGGAGAGACCGAAAAGUCUGAGUGCCCUGGACGACUCCAGCAAGGAGUCGGUGGUGAAGCAAAAUCUGAGCUCGAGCGCCAUCUGCAACACCAGCGAGCAAAUAUCCUUAGGCAGCCUCAACGACCAGAAGAGCUUCAGCUCGAACCAGUCCUCGGGCUCCAACAUCCAGUACACGCCGAGCCACAGCUCGGCCCAGUACCAGUUCAUCGAGAAUUCCGAGCACACGGACCAGAGCCUCAGCGAAGUAACGGAGAAUCUCACAACUAGUCAAACGUCUAUAAGUCUUCCCCUGACGCCGACGAAGAACUCCAUCAGUCCCAACGUCAGUCCGACGCAAAUGUACGACGACAACAGCACGCAGGACCUGCUGAGUCAGACCGAGUCGGUCGAGACUGAGGAGAACCUAAGGCCCACCAGCAUCAACCUGAUAGACUUCAGUCCGGUGGAGCCCAACCUGAACAGCCCCAGUCGCAACUUCAACAACGACAAGCGCAAAUCGUCGGAAACCGAGUCGCUGGACGACAACGCGAUCUACCAGCAAGUCAAGUACUUCCGUCGCUCCAUACACGAGGUGAACGCGAUGCUGGAACUGGAGAACGGCGUCUCCAAUUCGGAGUCCGACUCCAAGAACGCCGACGAGGUGAACUACGACUCGCUGGAGCCGGACACGUUCCACGUCUACGAGAACGUGGAGGGGGAGGAGCUGCGGGACAGCAACCUGUUCGAGGCGCAGGAAACGAAAAAGACUGAUGCGGAGGAGGCGGCCGCUUCCCCAGCGAAUGAGCCGGAGCGCGUGCAAGAGGAGAAAGUCAGCGUGAAGUACCUGACGAGCCGGUUCGAGGAGAAGGAGCCGCAAUCGUUGCCCGUCAACUUGGCCGCCAACCAACCAGAAAGUACAAAUACAAGAGUGAGAAAGUUUUACGAGAAGGACGGACUGCCGCCCUGCUUGAGGGCCAAGAAUCUCAAGAACCAGUUCAAGACGCGGUCGCUGGACGAGGACGAGUUCGCCAAGGAGUUCAACCUGGAGCAACGCAGGAAGUCGCUGGACGAGACGGUGAACUACAAGACCAACUCGUUGCCUAAGACGUUGAAUCAGCCUAAAGUGUUGCCGGCCAACGACGCCUCAGUGGAUACAAUCCACCUGACCCACAGCACCGAGAACGUGAACAGCGGUUUGGAGGAGACCGCCGACGAGAUCCAGAAGAAACGCGAAAGGAUUGAGAAGUACAAGGAGGAGAGGAGGAAAUUCCUACACGAUAAAUACAGGUCUGAAUCGUUUAAGGAAGACAAGGACGUGGUUUUAUCCAAGCUGCGCCUGCACAAGACCCGCGACGACACGCCGGUGCCCCAGAAGCUGGAGGUGGGCGACAGGCCACCCAGAAGCCGCCGGAAAAGCUACAAAGAAGAGACGGCUCCAACUGAUAGUCUGGAGGAGGACACGUCCUCCGUCACAUCCGAAGAUAAACCUAAAACCGUAGAGAAACCUAAAGAAGAACGUGUCGCGAAGGUUACUGAAAGCCUCAAGUCUAGAGCUGCGAUAUUUGAGCAACAAAAUAAUCAGAAGCAGGGCGACUUGAACAAGAACUUACGCGGGUCCAUGAGGGACAAACAGGACGUGGUUGGACGGAUUGUGGGUCAGGAGAAGAAAGUGGACAAAGGCGAGUUACUGAAGGAGGAUUUCAUCAGGCACAGGAACCGUGACGACGACAUACUGAAGCAGGAACGCAGACGACACACCUAUGACAGUCGGGAAAGGGAGACCGAAAUGGACAGACUGAAAAGGGUCAGCGUCGAGAGCCGCAGUCCAAAGAAAGAAAAAACAUCACCAUCGUAUUGCAUUAAAGACAUGAAGGCGAUAUUUGAAUCUAAAUCAAAGUCUUAGGGAGAAGUGAUCAGUUUUCAUUUCAUAAAUCGACCAAAAUCAUUCGCCCGUCCGACAAAAAACACGUUUGUCGUUUUAGGAGGGCGAAUUUUUGUACAUAGAUAUUAUUUUUCUAGGAUAUUAGGUGUAUGAUUGCAUUUUCUCAAUUUCGACCUGUUACUUUACUGCCAUGAUUUUUUGAAAAAUAAAAUGAUGGUGUUUUA